GAUAGAUGUGGAUGGAGUCUGCUCUGGGACUUUUACUGCAGCGCAUCCCGUGUGGAUGAUCACAGACACAUCUUUUUACUUUAUAUUCUCGGUACAUCAGCUCAUGGUGGGAUACACCAACUUUUUGUUCAUUGACCGGCUGGAUUUAAAUCAGUGGUGGCGAUGUUCCGAUGUUUAAUGCUUUUAUUUUGGAACGUUAACGAGGCUGCGUCCCGCUGCUCGGUAAACUUCACAGACAUCAGCUCGAGCUCCGGUUCGGUGGUGGUGAGGUUCAGCACCGGCGGUCUGUCCUGUAACUUCAGCCUGAUCACUGGGGGGGAGGCCCGGGCUGAGCCCGCUCACUGUGACCCGUAUCACGGAGAGUCGGGCUUCACAUGUCAGGUCACGGGUCUGAAUCCCGGGACUUUGUACCGGUUAAUGGUGAUCUCCGAGAAGGACGGAGAGAGUAGCAGCACAUCGGUACGCACAGCUCCGUCCCCUGUGCGCGGCCUGCAGGUGGCGUCCUCGUCCUCAGCCGUCCUCGGUGUCUCUUGGCGGGCCGGCGCGGGGCGAGCCGAGCGCUUCAGGGUUCUGCUGACGGACCAGGACGACGUUCUUCUGAAGAACUUCACCCUGAGAAUCAACGAGACCUCCGCCAAGCUGGACGACCUGCAGCCCGGCACCCUGUACACUGUCACUGUGGUAACAGAGGCCGUCGCCCUGCAGAGCUCCGCCUCCAAACAGGCGUUCACAGCCCCGGCUCGGGUCUCAGAUCUGAGGCUGGAGAACAACGGCAGCUCCGACAGUCUGCAGGCCUCCUGGCUGUCACCUGCAGGGGGCGUGGACGUCUACCUAGCCACCCUGUCGGCUUUGGGGUCGACCCCCCAGGAACACCGCCUGCCCCCCAACAUCAGCCAGGUGUUUUUCGAGGGUCUGACCCCCGGACGCAGCUACCAGCUGAGUGUCAGAACGUCCGCUGGAGGACAGAGUGCAGAGAGCCAGACUGGCGGGAGGACAGUCCCUCGGCCGGUGGCGUCUGUCUCCAUGACGCCUCUCGGUGACGGAAGGACGCUGAGGCUCUGCUGGUCGCCCCCCGGAGGAGACUGGGAGAACUACAGCGUCCUGCUGAGGAAUGGGUCGGGGGUCCUGGUGAACCGGACCGUCAGUAAACUGAGCCGACAGCACGCCUUCUCCGCGCCUGGCCUCGCCCUGGUGCCGGGUCGACUGUACGAGGCAGAGGUCACAGUUCACAGCGGCACUCUGGGUAACACGGCACGCUGCCUUGGACGACUGGCGCCCCGUCCCGUGCAGCAGCUGCUCGUCCGCCACGCUGAUGAAACCACACUGAGCGUCCUGUGGAGCCGCCCCCUCGGCGAAUGGGACGGCUUCACUGUUGCUCUCCGACAGGUGGACCCCGCCACCGCGGAGGCUCAGAGGACGCUCUCCUGGGAUGCCAGAGAGUGCACCUUCAACGGCCUCACCUCAGGAUGUCUGUACGCCGCCACCGUGAUGACCAACAGCGGCAACCUGAGCAGCUCCGCCUCUGUGACCGCACGCACCAGUCCGGCUCAGGUCUCCGGGCUGCAGCUCUCGGACCUCGGCAGCACCGACAGCCUGCGGGCCCAGUGGCAGCGAGCCUCCGGGGAGCUGGACUCAUACCGUGUGCUGCUGGUCCACGACAGCAGCAUCAUCAAGAACGAGAGUGUGCAGGCGGACGCCACCAGCAUCACCUUCCACGCCCUGAGAGCCGGCGCUCUCUACAGGGUGGUGGUGACCACCGUCAGAGCCGGACUCACCUCCAGGCAGACGGUCGCAGAGGGACGUACCGCCCCGGCUGCAGUGGGGGAGGUGACGGUCAGUAAUAACGGCCGGAUGGACUUUCUGAGCGUGUCAUGGCGAGCAGCUGCCGGGGAGGUGGACAGCUACCUGGUGACGCUGAGAGACGGGCAGAGGACGCUGCACACCGUGCCCGUCUCUAAAUCCAGCCCGGAAUGCGUCUUCAACUCUCUGGUGUCGGGACGUCUCUACAACAUCUCCAUCUCCUCUCGCAGCGGCCCGCAGCUCAAUCGCACCUUCAUCCAGGAGAGGACGCAGCCGUCUCCAGUCCAGAGCCCGACAGCGACCCACGCCGCUCGUGACGACUACCUUAAGGUGUACUGGCGUCAUGCCGCCGGAGAUUUCGACCUGUACCAGGUUUUCAUCAAACACAACAACGUGUUCCUGCAGAACCAGACAGUUCUGAAGACGCAGAACGAGUGUGUGUUUAAUGGCCUGGUACCCGGCCGACUGUACACUGUGCUGGUGAUCACUCGGAGCGGGAAGUAUGAAGCCAGCACCUCCACCCACGGGAGGACCUUCCCGGCGGCAGUCCGGUCCCUGGCUCUUGCUCGGCAGGGUACCGAGGACCUGCGGGUGAUCUGGUCUCCUGCUCCGGGUGACGUGGACCACUACGAGGUGCAGCUGCUGUUCAACGACAUGAAGGUGUUUCCUCCCAUCACGCUGGGCAGCGGUGUGGGAGAGUGUGUGCUGUCCUCACUCACACCGGGACGCCUCUACAAGAUCCUGGUGUCCACCUUCAGCGGCCCCAACCAAAGGGCCCAGUUCAUCAAGGGCCGUACCGUUCCCAGUAAAGUGAAGAACAUCCAUGUGAGUAACAGUGGAGACAGCAGCAGCCUGAAGGUGAGCUGGACCCCCGGUCAGGGCGAUGUGGACGGAUACACUGUCUUUCUGUCUAGAGGGGACAGACAGCUGGACAACCGGGCUGUCCUCAAACACCACAACGAGCUGACGUUCGGCUCGCUGCAGCCGGGACAGACGUACAGCCUGACGGUACAGUCUGUCAGCGGAGAGCUGCUUAACAACAGGACGGCCGUCGGACGCACUGUGCCCUCAGCGGUAACGGGGCUGCAGGUGGAGGACCUCCUGUCCACCCGCAGCCUGCAGGUGAGCUGGCAGGAGGCUCUGGGAGUGUCUGACGGAUACGUCCUGCAGCUCCUGGAUGACCGUGGUCUGGUGAUAAACUCCUCUCAGCCCUCCGGACACACCAGACUCAGGUUCGAUCGCCUCACGCCGGGCAAGAAGUACCGAGUCCUGGUGCAGACCACCAGCGGGGGGGUCCACAGCCCGGGGGUCAGUGCCGAAGCUUGGACACGCCCUGCAGCUGUCACUGAUCUGUCCAUUAAAGUCAAUACCACCACCAGUCUGUCCUUCCACUGGUCUCCACCUGAUGGAGAGUUUGACGUUUAUGAGAUCUUCUUGUAUAAAAGUGACAACUCACUGCAGGAGAGACGACGUGGCCAGUCCAGCAGUCAGCAGUGCUCCUUCCAGGGGCUCAGACCUGGAGCUCCGUACAGGAUGGUGGUGGUGACACACAGCGGAGAGCAGAGCAACCAAUCAGCUGUGUGGGCCAGGACAGUCCCAGCAGCCGUGUUGUCUCUGCAGACUCACUGUGGAAACCAGUCUGACGCUCUGUGGGUGAACUGGGAUCGUGGCGGGGGGGAUCUGAGCGGGUACCUGCUGUGUCUCUACGACCCCGAUGGCACGCAGCCGCCCGGGCAGCAGCUGGGCUCAGAGGUCACCAAGUUUGUCUUCUCAGGCCUCGUACCUGGUCGACUGUACCGAGCCGAGGUGCUGAGCCUCAGUGGAGAGCUGAGCAACAGAGCCAGCGCACUUGGCCGGACCGCUCCCAGGCCUCCCACCUCCUUUCUGUUCGGGGGGGUCACCAACACCUCCCUGGAGAUCACGUGGAGUGGCCCCCUCAACUCCGACUACGACGACUUCGACCUGCAGUGGACUCCUCAGGACCGGCUGUCCGUCAUCAACCCGUACCACAGCCGCACCUCCGGCAGCCGCAUCCUGAGAGGGAUGUUCCCCGGACGCCUGUACACCUUCAGCCUCCGCAGCAUCAGCGGGGCCACGGAGCCCCGGGAGGCCGCGGAGCACGGGGGGGCCACACCCACCUUCAGCACACCCAUCCACAACAGCAUCCGGACCAAGCCGGAGCGGGUCCACAGCCUUCACUGUCGGCCUCAGAGCUCCACUUCUAUCUCCUGCUCUUGGGGGCCCCCAGAGGCCGACUACGACUCGUACACCAUCGAGUGUCUCCACCAGGACUCUCAGGUCCUUGUAUACUCCCGCCGCACCGGCAAAGAUGCCACCGGCUACCUCAUCACGCAACUGGAGCCGCACAAACGCUACUCCGUCUCCGUGAAGGUGAUCUCAGACCACACGACCAGCGAGGAGGCACGGGACAGCGUGGUGACCAUGAUCGACCGGCCUCCGGUGCCCCCCCUCAGUACUCGGGUCAGUGACCGCUCCACUGUCGUCUCUAUGUCCUCCAUCUUCUUCAAGUUCAACUGCAGCUGGUUCAGUGACGUUAAUGGAGCCAUCAAGUUUUUCACCGUGGUGGUGACCGAGUCCCAAGGUGUAGGUGAGGAGCACCCGGAGCAGCAGCACCCUCUGCCUUCAUACCUGCAAUAUAAAUCCAACAGCUCCAUAAAAUCCUACCAGACCAGCUUCUUCCCCAGCAAGUGCAGCGACAGCAGCUCCCACAGCUUCGAGCUGAGCGUGGGGACAGGGAUGGACUCACUGGGGGGGUCCUGCCACUGCAGAGACCCCGAGCUGGAACCAGCAGAUAGCAACACAGGCCUGGACCAGUUCUGUGAUGGCCCACUAAAACCCAAAACUGCAUACAGGCUCAGUGUUCGAGCGUUCACUCAGCUGUUUGAUGAAGACAAAAAAGACUUGAGCUCUUCGCUGUACAGCGACACGUACCUGUCACUACCUGUGGUCACCGAGGCCGAGCCUCUGAGCGGUGUGAUCGAGGGCGUCAGUGCCGGCAUGUUCCUCAUCCUCAUGAUGGUGGGAGUCACCGCUCUGCUGGUCUGCAUACAAAAGUCUCGCAAAGUAGUUCAGGAGAGAACGACAGUCAGGAUGAAUAUGAGGAGAGAGAGGCCGACAUCAGGCGUCCACCUGGGAGUCAGAGGAAACCGUCGAGUCUCCAGUCCCAUCAAGAUCCUGAACUUUGAGAGUCACUACAACAAACUGCAGGCCGACUCCAACUACCUGCUGUCAGAGGAGUACGAGGACCUGAAGGACGUCGGCCGUAAUCAGCCGCUGGACUCGGCUCUGCUGCCGGAGAACCGCGGCAAGAACCGGUACAACAACAUCCUGCCCUAUGACUCCACGCGGGUGAAGCUUUCCUACGUGGACGAUGAUCCGUGCUCCGACUACAUCAACGCCAGUUACAUGCCAGGGAAUAACUUCCGGCGGGAGUACGUAGCCACGCAGGGUCCUCUGCCGGGGACUAAAGAUGAUUUCUGGAAGAUGAUCUGGGAGCAGAACGUACACAACGUGGUGAUGGUGACGCAGUGUGUGGAGAAAGGCAGGGUGAAGUGUGAUCACUACUGGCCCUUGGAUCUGGAUCCUCUGUAUUACGGCGACCUGGUCGUCAAGAUGCUGUCAGAGUCGGUUCUUCCUGAGUGGACCAUACGAGAGUUCAACAUCUGCAGCGAGGAGCAGCUGGGCUUCUCGCGGCUCGUCCGUCAGUUUCACUACACGGUGUGGCCCGAUCACGGAGUCCCAGAAACCACGCAGUCCCUGAUCCAGUUCGUCCGCACCGUGCGGGACUACGUCAACAGAAGUCCUGGAUCUGGACCCACCGUGGUCCACUGCAGUGCUGGUGUGGGUCGUACAGGGACCUUCAUAGUUCUGGACCGAGUGCUGCAGCAGCUCGACACCAAGGACACGCUGGACGUCUACGGCUCUGUGUUUGACCUGCGGCUUCACCGCUCACACAUGGUGCAGACGGAGGGUCAAUAUUCGUACCUCCAUCAGUGUGUUCGUGACGUUCUCAGAGCUAAAAAGCUCCGCUGUGAGCAGGAGAACCUCCUCCACCCUGUCUAUGAAAAUGUGAACUACAACUCCCAACGAGAGACGCUGUUCAGCAGACGUUAAAGAUCACUACAGGAAAACAUGACAAUUCUAUUUUUAUAUCAAUGUUCAUAUUUGCUGACGUUUCCAAAAAGAGAAAAACUUUAUUUAUGUUGCAUACAGGAUUCAUUUUCUGUACAUAUACUUAAUAUCUGUGUGUAUUUGUAUAUAUUUCUUUAUAUAUAUACUUAUAUUAUAUAUUUCUUCUAUUUUUAAAUUAUGUGUCAUGUCUGUGUUUUAUAAGCUUUAAUAUUUGCACAUUAUGGUCUAAACUCUGUACCAUGCUGCAGUUUUCUGUGUUUUUAGAUAAUUAUUAUAUACAAAUUAUAUUACAUUACAUCUUAUAAUAAGACCCUGAAAGAGAUGUAAUGUUAAUUAAGAAGCAAUAAUGUUGGCAGGUUAAAGGUAAGAAUAUGUUUUGAAUCAUAAAUCUAUGUAACGUAUCAUUUUAAGUGUGCAUGGUGUAUUUUAUUUUUUACCAAACAUUACAUUAACAUGUACAUGUACUUCAUAGUACUAACUUUAGUAUGUGUGAGCAUUAAUUAAACACCACAUUUGUUGUAA